AUGGAAGAAGAAGAAAUUUCCUCCUCCUCUUCAGGAUCUCGACAAACACAAACAACACAAAUACCUCCAAAUUCACCUGAGACUGUGCUUUCAUAUUACUUUGGAUCAAAUUCUAAUACAUUUGAUAGUGAAGAAUUUGGAUUUGAUCUAUACAAUACUAAUAUUUCAACCAAUGCUACGGAGACAGAUAAUUUAUUAGAAGGAACACCUUUUGAUUUUCAAUUCUUUC